UGGAUGCUGCAAGCAAAAAGCUAUGAUCCUAUAUGGACCAUCAUUGAUAGAAGAUGGGAAUCCCAACUCCAUCACCCAUUGCAUGCUGCAGCAUACUUCUUGAACCCUCAAUUUCAUUACAGUCCCAAUUUUCAGCCCGAUGCGGAGGUUAAAAUUGGGCUAUACAAAUGUCUUGAAAGAAUGGUUCCUGAUGCUAAUGAGAGGGUGAAGAUAGAUUUGCAAAUUGAUGCAUUCAAGAGUGCAAGAGGGCUCUUUGGCAUACAAAAUGCAAUCAUGACUAGAAAAAAGAAAUCUCCAGGUGUUUUUUUAUUUUUACUAUAAGUUGAUUUGUAUCAUUUUUAAUAUCUUAUUAUUUGUUUUCACUUCAUCAAUUUU